AGAGCUGAACGGACAAUAACAAGGCAGGAGAAAGAAUAGGAGGGGUUGACAGGCAGAGAGAAUAAAUAGAAGGAGAAAAAAGAUCGAAGGAAAGGAUAAGGAGGAAGACUUCAGGGGCCAGCCACCCAACCACACAGCCAGCCGCAGAAUAAGAGCGAAAGUAGGAUAUACAGAAGCAAGAAAAGGAAAAAGCCCAGAAACAAAAGGUAGAUGGGAUAAUUUAAGAAAAGCUGGCUACCACAAGCCAAGCUAAGGCCAGGCAUUCAUAAGAAAAUAUAUGUCUCUGUGUAUAUUUAUUUGGUAACUGGGUGGCAUGCCCCCAAAAGAGUAAAAGAGUAAAAAAACAACCAACUACAGAUCUGAGUUCCAUCGCUCAUGGUGGGAAGGAGAGACUCCACAGGUUGUCAUAUGGAUGCCAUACUGCUGUGGGAGUGCUGGCACCUAGACACACACCCUCCUCCUUAUACCAAUAAAAAUGUAGUAAAAGAUUGCAGUGGAUUUCUAAAUAACCUAUAAAGACAUAGAAGAGAACUUAUAAAACAAAGAGACCGGAAGCAAAUGAAGUAGGAAAUGGAGAGGGAUGCAGGAUCCGAGUCUGAGGCAAAGUCUGACACGGGCCCCGAAUGGAGACGCAGGAUUUCAUAAGGAGAAGUGGGAGGAUUGAUAGGAAUAAAAGGCCUCUGGAAGUGCUGCUUGUAAUUCCUGGCCAUGGCGUUAAGACUGAGAGUUUGUGCCUCAAGAUACUGCCAAAGCCGUUCAUGCACAAUUGGACUUUGGGAUCUAACCUGAGAAUUGACUAUGAAGAGAGCAGAAGCUCAGAGGCUGGUGGUCUCUCCCUGCCAUCACUCCUACAUCAGUUAUCAGAGGCUGGUGGUCUCUCCCUGCCGUCAACGUCAUCAGAGGCUGGUGGUCUCUCCCUGCCGUCACACCCACACCAGUCAUCAGAGGCUGGUGGUCUCUCCCCGCCGUCAACGUCAUCAGAGGCUGGUGGUCUCUCCCCGCCGUCAAUGUCAUCAGAGGCUGGUGGUCUCUCCCUGCCGUCACACCCACACCAGUCACACGCCAUACCAUCCAGUCUAGUCAUUGAACAGGUGGUGAGCAAUAACAUCUCAGGAAAAGAACUGAGUUAAGUGGUCAUUAUCAAUGCCCAUUUUCAUUACUGUAAUAUGCUGUGGGAUGUCUUUCUGUUUGCUAUGAAUUGUGUUGCUCUCAUUGGUUGAUCAAUACAGCUGCUUUGGCCUAUGACAAGGCAGGAUACAGCCAGAUGGGAAAUCCAAGCAGAGAUAUAGGAGAAGGAUGGAGUCUGGGAGACACCAUCCAGCUGCCCAAGGAACAACAUGCCAGCAACUGGUAAGGCCACAGCCAGGUGGCAAUGCUUAGAUUAAUAGAAAUGGAUUAAUUUAAAUGUAAGAGCUAGCUAGUAAUAAGCCUGAGCCUUCGACUGAACAUUUAUAUAUAAUAUUAAGUUUCAGAGUGGUUAUUUGGGAAUUGAUGGGCAAGAGAGAAACCUCCAGUUACAGUAAUAGAUAUGAAGGACUAUAGUAUAGUCCUGAUUUACCUCAAUAGGCUUAUAAAGGUUUUUUUUUAGGGACCUUCAGUCUUUAUUUUUUUCUAACUAUGUAUUUUAUACAGAUAACUUAAGUUUUUCAGUUACAAGUAGAACUUGUUGGAAAAAAUAACUGCUUUUGAAAUUGUAGCUUGGUUAUACGUUUUGUAAGUUAUUCAAUAUUAAUCUUUUGUUCUUCGUAUCUAUGAAGGAAGUAUGAACCUCUCCUUACUCUGCUCAUGUCAGGUUAGGUGAUUUGCCUGAAUGUGCAGCUAACAAGUUAACUCGUUUUAGUUAUUGCUUUCACUAGGAAACCAGGGCUUCAACAGCAGACAGUCUACACACCAUCUACUGUGAAACCUCUGGAGGCUGUGUGCCGCUCUCACGGACCAGAUUUGGUUAAUGAUCCUGACGGUCAUCCUAACGUAUCCUAUGCUCAGGACCUUUACCCUCUGGUUCUACUCCUCCCUCACCAGGAACCACGUCUCUGGCACUUACUCCAUUGUUUUUGUCAACUGUCCCAAUGAGCAAAUUGCCAAAGAUGUUGCCAGGGCCAUAUUGGAUAAGAGGAUGGCCGCUUCUGUGAACAUCUUGCCUAAGACGUCGUCACUGUACUUUUGGAAGGGGGAAAUAGAAGAAUCCACUGAAAGCUUGUUGCUAAUAAAGACAAAGACUUCCAAGAUCUCCAGGCUGUCCACCUAUGUGAGGUUGGCUCAUCCUUUUGAAAUUCCAGAGGUCUUCAGCAUUGCCAUGGACCAAGGAGAUGCUCGCUAUUUAAAGUGGCUUGAGGAGGGCAUGAAGGAGAACUAAGCAGAGAAACUGUGCAGGCUGCUGGCUGGCUGAGGCCUUUCCUGACUGCUCUGGGAAGAGCCGGCCUCUUUCUGCCUCCCCAGGGGUUCCUAACAGCACAGAGGUGACCUGUGCAUGCCCAAUGAAGGGCUGAGAAUUUCAAGGUCUGAAGUGAAGGCCAGCCAGGCCGCAAGAGCCAAGUGCAGCCUGUCUUGGAGUGUUGUGUAUUUUCAGGCAGCCAGAGGAUGUGAGGGUGAGGAGCGGGAGCAGAGGGGCGGUGGUAGUGAGGGCACUGGGCCUACCUUUAGUGCCCGGGGUGUAAUCAUUCCUUUGCUUCUCGUGGUAACAGAGAGCCUUUCUCACCUGUGUGUGUGUGGGAUAAAUGUCUUC